AUGGACACACUGUAGUCACAAAGUAGCUUUCAAUCACUUUUCAUUGAAAAGUCAAGUGAAGAAAUUAUUUAUUAGAAUUUUAGAAAAAUGGCACAAAUGGUGGAUAAUUUCGUUCAAUCUCACAUAGGUUCAGUUACUGAUAAUUUAGUUCAAGAUUGGGUUUCUUCUGAACAAAGUACAGGAACAUCAAUCAUGGCUUGUGAAUUUGAUGGAGGAGUAGUAAUUGGAGCAGAUUCUAGAGCUACCACUGGGGCUUAUAUUUCAAAUCGUUUUGCUGAUAAAUUAACUAAAAUCACAGAUUAUAUUUAUUGCUGCCGUUCUGGCUCUGCAGCAGACACUCAAGCUAUUUCUGAUAUUGUUGCUUAUCAUUUAAGCCUUCACAAAAUGGAAUUAGGCAUAGAACCUUUGGUGGAAACAGCAGCAAAUGUAUUCCGUGAAUUAUGUUACAAUUAUAGAGAUUCCUUAAUGGCAGGAAUUUUAGUGGCAGGAUGGGAUAGUCGUAAAGGAGGUCAAGUUUAUAGUGUACCCAUAGGUGGCAUGUGUGUAAGACAACCAAUUUCUAUUGGAGGAUCUGGUUCAACCUAUGUAUAUGGCUAUAUGGAUUCACAAUAUAAACCAAACAUGUCAAAAAAUGAAUGUGUUAAACUUGUUGAAAAUACAUUGGCAUUGGCAAUGUCUCGCGAUGGUAGCAGUGGUGGUGUUAUUCGAAUUGGCGUUAUUACGAACAAAGGAAUUGAAAGAAAAGUUAUAUUGGGUAAUGAAUUACCACGAUUUUAUGAGGGAUAAAAAUUAUGAAACUAGAUUUAAACAGAUUAUUUACUCCAAUUAUAUUCUUUAUUUUUUAAAAUCUUAUGUCAAUCGUAUCUUGUUUUUGAAUUAAAAUGAAAUAAAAAAUUUUUACUU